AUGGCUAUAGCUCUUGAUAAUCCUCGAAAAUGUUAUCAGCAUACAUUUUCUGGCGCUAACAUUACUACCACUACUACUGCUACUACUACUACUACUACUACUACUACUACUACUACUACUACUACUACUACUACUACUACUACUGCUACCACUACUACUACUACCACUAUCACCGGUGAUCAACAUUAUAGAAAUGGAACCAGUAUCAGUGCUGAUGAUGAUCCUGAAGCAGUACAACGAUUAAGUUUUGUGAGUUCAUCAACCGGUUACAGUUCAGCUCGAAGUAGUUUGAGAAGUUCCGAAAUAAGCGAUGAUACUGUUCAUCCACUUAAUGCUUCUACUACUAAAAAAUUGCUAACACAAGAAUUAUCGUUAUCGGAAGUACGUCGUCUAAAAUUAUUAAAUAGUGGUACAGUAACACAAUUGGAUCGGAUUGCUAUGGAAUUACUGGAAACGGAACGUUCUUAUGUUAAUGAUCUCAAUGACAUUAUACAGGGAUAUUUGAAUUUUUUGGUGGAUCAUCGGGAAGAAUUCGAGAUGACCGUAGAUGAUAUUUCCAAUACAUUCGGUUGUAUUGAACGUAUCUUUUUGUUCAAUAAAAAAUUAUAUCACGAUUUAGAUGCUGCUCAAUUAAGCGUCGUUUCGGCUUGUGCUCAUGAUGACAGUGCGACUAGGGCGGUCUUAGUACAGGAUGAUGAGACGCUAAUUGUGUGCAUGAAACUGAAGCACAGGCUAUUUGCUGGGCCUAUUAGUGCCUUCCUUUGUGAUGUCAUAGGCCAUUCCGUACAUCGAAUCAGAAUGAUUGAAACACUGUCAGUGUUAUUAAAAAAUAAAAAAGUAGCGGAAAGUUUAAGACUUCGACAAUCCAUUCUUGGACAUUCUCUUCCUCUCAGUGCGUAUCUGCUGAAGCCAGUACAACGAGUACUCAAAUAUCAUCUCUUCCUUGAAAAUAUUCUAAAAGCUUCAGUGGAUUUAAAAACUCUAUCAGACGGUGAUCGAGCAGUCAUUCUGCAAGCUCUUCAUUGCAUGACUUCACAAGCGGAAAAAAUAAACGAAGAGAAGAAACGUGUUGAGCAUCUGGAACGUGUACGUGAGCUUCAGAAUGCUCUCCAUAAGUGGUGUAUCGAUGAGAAAGAAGAUCUGUCGAAAUAUGGCGAUCUACUUUUGGAAGCUACCUUUAAGCUUGCUGGUGCCAAAACUAAUCGACAGUUAUUUUUAUUCGAGGAAAUGCUGUUGAUUGUGAAGGAGCGGAAUGGUGCUUUGAUUUGUAAGGAUUAUAUUAUGUGUUCAAGCUUGAUGCUAAACGAGUCAAUAUCCACUGAUCCACUGGCAUUUCAAGUGCUUUCCUACGAUAAUCCAAAGAUUCAGUAUAUCUUUCUCGCUUCGAAUAUGGAUCAGAAGCGACAUUGGAUGAAGGAAUUAAAACGAAUGAUGUUGGAUCAUUAUGCGAUUGAAAUACCAGAGAAAACUAAAAUGUUGAUGCUUAGUUUAAGUGAUGAUUGUUCAAAAUCAAUUGGAUUUUCAAGCCAACAAGGUUUUGCGUUAAAUGUGAAAGGUAAUAAGAAAGUACCGAAGUAUCUUGAAAAGCGACGAAAAAGUAUUGAUGCUAAUCAAACAUUCCGUCGAUCGCAUGUUCGAAAACGAAGUUGUUCUAACAGUAGGAAUAUUUUAAAAGCGUCAUCAACAGGAAAUCUUGCUAAAGAAGUAGGGAUGCAUCAGGAAGCUGAUGGUCCUCCAAAAACUAAUCAUUUCUGCAGUUUCAGUAGCAACAGUAAGCCAACUACAUCCGUAUCCAUGGAGAAUACUUAUGAACUUGAAUCUGCUGAACUAUCCGGACGUUCAUCAGCUUUUCAGAAUUUAUUUUCAAAAAAGAAAAAUGCUGAAACAAAUCGGAAAAAAUCGAGCUGUGAACGUAAAAGCAGUCUUGUCUCUCAUUUACCGCCAUCUAUUUUAAAAGAUUAUCGGAUAAAAAAAUCUUCGGACACUGUACAAAAUACCGCUAAUAAGCAAUAUUCACGGUGUCAAUGCUUGAUAACAAAUCCUAGUACAUCCGUGUAUCCAACAUCUCCAUCCAUUUGUCCCCAUCCUAGUGCAAGUUGUUGUGCACAAAAGCAUUUCGAUGAUACGAUGGCUAUUUUAUAUGGAGAACUGCAAUUGCUAAUGAAGAAUGCAGGAAAUCUUAAUAGUAUUGGUGAAAGCAACAAUAAAGAUGAUGAUAGGAGGAAUAUUGUCGGAUCACAAAAUGAAACAACAAAUAGAAUUGAUAUUGUUGCUAAUGAAAAUAGAGGUAAAGAUGACUUACCAGAAGAAUUAAAGAUACGUUCUCGUUCACUGAGUAAAUCUGAUGAAGAAACCAUCUUUGGUGAGAAAUGCAGAAUGGUUAAUAAUCCGAAAAAAAACUACCUAUCACCUGCUACUGAUUUAUCGAGAAAUUUGAUGGAUAGAACUUUAGCAGAAGAUUGUAAUGCUUCUUACGAUCCUGCAUUGGAAUCAAAAGAUUGUGAUGAGCCGACAAGCGUUGUUUCAUGGAUUGAAUCACCGCAUAUUAGUGAGAAAUUUCGUGGAUUAGGCUCCUACCAUAAUGUUCAUCAUCGGCGACGUUCAUCACAGGUAGCAGAACAGGUAUGGAGAUUACGGCAUAAACAAGCCCAGGACUAUAAGGCUAAUGAAAAUAAUACCGACAAGAACUUAUUAAUUUCUUCGACAAUAAGAACAGGAAUGUUACCUAAAGAUACAGUAACCAGAAUAUCAAAACCAUCGCAGUCAAUGGUAUCAAAUCAUAAUGUUGAUGGAAUUGAUUAUCGAUGUUGUGUUGCGAGACAGCGUACUCCACUUACGGUCGAGCAAUGUGCAGAACUUGAUGGCGAAUUAAAUUCGGAUUUGGGUGAUGUGAAAAAAAUUAUUAGACAGCUAGAGAAGCCUAGGCCAUUAAUUGCAUCAUCAUCAUUACAUCAACACGCCAUUUAA